GAGCCAAACCCACACCGUCACGCCACAGAGCGACAGGUGCGCCUCAGAAUAGGAGCGAGGCAUCGAAGAGGCAUGGCUAGAUUGGUAGAGAGAGGGAGAGGAGAGAGUGUGUGAGUGUUUGUCUGUGUGCCUACAUCAUCACCCCAAGGGCACAACAGCCGCUUGCCUGCCCCCAGCCUGCUGCCGAUGUGUCAAAAUUAGCAGCAGGGACUGUGGCACAGUGCGCGGCUAUAUUUUUUCUCCUUUCUCCUGCCCUACUAUUACAAACACACUCCCUGUAGCUAGUGUGUAGUAAGCCACUAAGCCCUUGCUUGCUGUUAACCUCGGCCAAGAACCUACUAGAGAUCCGAAGCGAAAAGGAAAGCAGCGAGCUUUCGCGUGCGCCGCCCGCCGUGGACGUCACCGACAGCCAUGGACUUCGACGAGCACGAUGACGGCGACGGCGACGAGGAGAUGACGCCGAUGCCCGUGACCUCGAGCUACGACGCGCCGAUGCAGUCGGGGCUGGGGCUGGGAGGCGGCGGCGGGACCCCGAAGCCCGGGGACUCUGGAGGAGGCGGGAGCUUCAGGACGCAAGGCCCAGGCGGCGGCGGGGGAGGCGGAGGAGGAGGCGUAGGUGGCGGCGGCGGCGGGGGCACGAGGUAUCGGGAGUGCCUCAAGAACCACGCGGUCGGCAUCGGCGGGCACGCAGUGGACGGCUGCGGCGAGUUCAUGGCCGCGGGCGAGGAGGGCUCCAUCGACGCGCUCCGCUGCGCGGCCUGCGGCUGCCACCGCAACUUCCACCGCAAGGAGUCCGAUUCGCCGACGGGCGGCGCCGCGCCGGCCGAUCCCACCGCCGCGCUGUCCCCGGCCGCCAUCACCGCGUACGGUGCUGCGGCGCACCACCACCAGUUCUCCCCCUACUACCGCACGCCCGCCGGGUACCUCCUCCACCAGCACCAGCAGCUGGCGGCGGCCGCCGCCGGGCACAUGCAGCGCCCGCUGGCGCUCCCGUCCACCUCCCACUCCGAGGGCGACGACAUGUCCGGGCUGAUCGGCCCCAUGGUGGUGGCGCCCAUGGUGGGCAUGUCCCUGGGCGGCUCCGGCGGCGGCCCGUCGGGGUCCGGGUCCGGCAAGAAGCGGUUCCGCACCAAGUUCACGCAGGAGCAGAAGGAUCGGAUGCUGGCGUUCGCGGAGCGGCUGGGGUGGCGCAUCCAGAAGCACGACGAGGCUGCCGUGCAGCAGUUCUGCGAGGAGGUCUGCGUCAAGCGCCACGUGCUCAAGGUCUGGAUGCACAACAACAAGCACACCCUGGGCAAGAAGCCAUGAUCCUCAGCAGCUAGGUACACUGCCACUGAUCGCAUUGCAUCAUCAAUCUCCUCAGAAGUUUAGACGCCUUUUUUUCUCUCUCCCUGCCUUCUUUUUUAGCUAGAAAUGCAAGCUAGCUAGGUUCGUAACGAGCAGCAGUUCUUGGAUUUAGCUAGGAUGGAGGAGACGGCCGUUGUUCUUUUUUUGCAACUUAUUUUAUUGCGGUUCUUUGGCUGUGUGUGUUGUUUCCUGGUAGUAGAUGAGACGAUCAUGACGUUGCCCGUGUUGGGAAGGAGGAGGGCAGGGCAUGGCCAUUUGCCGAUUUGGAUCUUGGGAAUGUACUCGCUUUUGUGUUGCAAUUGAAAUUUCGAUCCUGUCUGGGGAUUUGGGUUA